ACUAGUAAUAUAAUAGUAUGUAGCCAUGUUGGUAACCUAUGACAACCGUUUAAAUAAACAAAAAAAUCAUUAUUUUUUCGAUAGAUGAAAAAAAAAUGACUGCGUGACUUACCUUUAGUUACCUAUUAUAGGGAUUGAAAAAUAAGCUAUAUAAACACCCUCAACAUCUAGCAAAAUCUAUUGAUGACUUUUAUUUUUAAAACGAUUGGUCCCGCCAAAAUAUCGUCGACAGUCGAUAGAUAACAUCAUAUACAGAGCGACUGAGAAACUGUGAGAAAUCCUCGAAAGUUGCCGAGAAGUCUUGUCCAGAAAAUCCUGAAAACCUGUCUUUGAGGUUUUCCUCAUCGCGUGUACUUAACUUAAGCCAUUUUAUAUUUUCAAUACAUCAAUAAUUGUUAUCUGACGUUAGAUUUAAGGCCGUCAUCGUUCGCGUCUGAGCAAAAAAAAAGAUCGAUUGAAAGCUGAAAUUGGGAGCUCUCAACCUAUAAUAGGUGGAAAUAAGUUUGAAGGAUUCAAGAUUUUUGGUGGGAACGACGUCCAAAAUAACUAAUCUUGAGGAAUCGUUUUGUAUUUGAGUUGAUAGUUCCUGAGGAGUUCCACCGUUAUAGUUCUUAAAUGGGAAAUAAACACGAUCCGUAAAUCCCGGGUAUCCCAGAGCUCACAUCUAUUAGGGAAAAACGAGGUAAUCUAAUUUUUUUUUUGGAGGGGGGGUGGAAAAAGUUGCCCUCUUUGACACUCCCCCCCCCCCACUUGGAUCCACACUGCUUAAACAAUUGAGUCUUGUAAAUACGUGAUUAACCGAAUAAUAAUAUAGGUAGGUACCGUCGGAAAUUCCUGCUAAUUAUUUAUUACUUCUAUUAGUUCAAGUCGUGAAACCAUUUAAUAUUCUCUCAAAUAUUUAAGUAUAUAGAAUGUUGAUUACACUAACUUAUAAAGGUAGUAAAUUCAAAGCACUAAAGCAGUCAAAUGUAGACGUCAGACGCUCAGAGCCGAGCAAACAAAUGUUUAAUCCAUCUUUUUGAAAUUUACAGGAAUAGGUUGAAAUAUAUCAAAUAAUAUCAAAUAAAAUGAGAAGGUGGCUUAUUUUGUUACCGAACGAAAAUUUAAAAAAAGAUCUAGAUUUUCUAAAUCUAAAUCUAAUUAAAUUAUUAUUAUUUUCUGCCUGUCAGUAAAACUGAAAAACGCUCACGAAUUAUAGUUAAUUAUUAUACAGGUAGGUACCUAUGUCAAAUGCUGGAAUUUCGUCAACAUUAUAACAUUUGAUUCCACACCCAUAUACGAACAUAAUAUGAGGUGCAGAACAAAGAAUGUCAUAACAAUUAUUACUGUUUUUAUACUUAUAGUAUUGUUGAGUUUAUGAAGUUACUAAAACAAACGACCACUUUUAGGCACUUUUUUGCGAUAUCCACAAAAAAAACGUACGCAGUAAAGCGCCGAGCAAUAUUUUGACCAUUGACCAAACUAUACCUAGAACCUGGAUAGUGGAUUACAAUAUUACAUUAUUGAUUAUAUUGAUCUGCAUUUCGGAUCCAUUAGUUAAUUUCCCUGAAAUGCGGGACUAUAGAAGUAAAAAGUAGAAAUUAGAAAGUCUCUACUUUCUACGUCUAGUAUUUUAUAUAAGAUACAGUUACAUCUAUCUAAUUUCUCUCAGAUUUUCGAGUUUGUCGUAAAAAAUGCAAAAUAUAUAUGGUUUUUUUUGAUGCUGCUCGGAUAUGCGGUCUACACAUUAUGUAUAAGUACCUUUAAUACGCGUACUUACAAUAAAUAGUAAUAUUAGUGCCAAAAUAAAUAACCAAAAUUAAAAUAUUUGUAUAUUAGAAAAAAAUAUUAAAAAUAAUCGUAUGUAUAAUAAUAUAAAAACCUUAACAAUAAACUGCUUUAAUGUCCCUCAAAAAUGCAAUAAAUAAAUCAGGUUCUUCAUUUCGAGCUUGAGCAACUUUUCAACAAUAAUGGUCGAGAUGCGAUUGCAACAGUUGCAUGGUUGUGCCUCUCAUCGUUUUCAUGAUUUUUGUUUUUACAUCCAACCAUGAUCUCUCUAUGCUCUGAGUGUGAGCCUUCGUCAGAGGAUCAACGUAGUUUUGCUGGUGGUUAACAGUUUUAUGAAUGUAUCCAUUAUCAUUCAAACAUCUAUAGGCUGCCCACUCGUCUGAAUGAAUAACAGAGCUAGCUUCAUAUUCUCGUAGAAUAAUUGGUAGUAAUGUGUUUUUGUCUCUUCGAGGAACAUAUAAAAAUAUCGGCAGUCAGAACCAUUUUUAAGCCCAAAAAACCAAGGUCCGUCGACUCUUCGUCUAUGGUUUCUACCGUUGUGUAGUUCAGCAUCACUGUCUUCAAUGAAGCUGGUUGAUCACCAUUAAGUAACCUUCCACGAUUAUAUUUCAUUUUUUCCGGCAAAUCUGGCCUCGUCAAUCUGUAUUGGAUUUAUGACAGUGCCCAGCAUCUUUGGUCGUUUCUUAACAAUACUUGAACAUACUUCACGACACAUAUUAAACCAGUCAGUAACUGUCUCCUGGCAUCUACCUGUUAGGGUGGCUGUUGUCCUCAAAGGUAUGUCCGAUACAAAAAAAAAAAACAAUUCUAAUAUUUCCGUCAGUUUUAGUUUACUAUUAGACUUGUUGUUCAAGUCUUCACAUAGUGAAAAAACUUAUUCCCCUGUCGUACACUGCGCGAGGUCUGACACCCUUUUUUUUUGCAACCUAACCGGACGAAAUUCACCCCCGCGAUCGCGUUUAUACCAUUUCACUACCACACUUAUGGCAUGGUAAUGUAUCUUCAGCAGUGUCUAAUGAGCCAUGCUCCCUUAAAAACGCAGUGGCAUUUUCUUCACCACAUGCGACGGUCGAAUAAAACUCUUUUGAUUUCAUGAUACGCACUAAUACACGGCCAGGUUACUGAUCGAUGGCUGUUAGAUUACUAACAAACUUACACUACCACACUGUGGUAUUUCAAUGAUUUUAUCUUUUAGUACCUAACAAUAAAUAUAGGCGGAAAAUACAAAACUAGCAAAUCAUAUUUGGGUCAAUUUUAUCUUUUAAUAUUUUUUUUAUCGCUCGUCAGGUAUACGGUGGUUGUAGACCGCAUAUCCGAGCAGCACCUCUUUUUUUUUGCAGAGAUAAUGGCCGACAGCGUGUCCGUGUCGGAUGUCGUCUGCGUCGACGACAUGGGCAAAGCCAGAGUCAUGGAACCCGUUUUGGCGGACAAGGUGGCCGGUUUGAGGGACCAAUGCAUGGAAUUCAUGAACGAUAUAGAGCUGUACCGCGAGGCGGUGGACGGCUUUAUCGGCGUCAUGGACCGUUUGGCCAAACAGGUGGAACGAGAGAAGCGAGAUGCGAUCGUCGUGUCGAACAAGCUAGCGUCGUUGCCCAACAAGGCCGAAGAAGAAAUCGCCACGUUACAAUCGCAGAUCGAACAAAAAACCGCGGAGCUCGAACGCUACAAGAUCGAGCACAGAUCGCUGCAAAAAAUUGAGUCUGAUCAAACGGAUUUAAUAAAUCGGUUAUCAUUUCAAAACUAAACGGUUAUGGAUUACGUCUCACAACGCGAGGACCCCCUCCCCCGAUCAGAAAUUUAUGUCUUACACUCACAAAGGGUAAGGUAAUGCGCCUGUACUGGCUACCCGACAGUCGACUGGCCUUCGCUGGCAGAGUACUGGUCAAUCAAAAGCAAAACUGUAUCCAAUGACCAGUGCUAUACACUAGUACUGGCAGCCGCAGCCAGUGUACACUCAUCAAUACUGGCAGACUUCGGGUUUAAUACUGGUUCAGCAUUGAAAGUCAGUACUGAUUACCGUUAACAUCCCAGACGUAUACCACUACUUGCCAAUGCUGACUGCCAGUGUGCCAGCAUUAGCCAGUACUGUUAUGGAUUUCAAAUUUCGGGGGGAGAGGCUGUGUGAAUCAUUAAUAAUAAUUCAAAGGCAUGAUGAUACACAUAAUGAACAGCAAUACAUUAAUAUUUUU